AUGGCCUUCAAGGAAUAUGCGUACAAAGAGGUUGGAGGAGGAGAGUCUCUACUAGCAAGUGUCUGGUAUAGCCCAGAGGUUUCAGAAACAGAAAAGCCAAUCGCACAUUACUUCCAUGGAGGCAGUUGGGUACUCGGCCACAAGGACAUGCUUUCACCCGAUUAUGUCAAGGAACUUCUCGAUCUAGGAUUCGGCGCAGUCGUUUCGCCAAACUACCGGCUCGCUCCUACAAUCUCUGCCCUAGAUGGCCCUGUCCAGGAUGCUAAAGACAGCUAUUUAUGGUCUCAAACAAAGCUGCCCCAGCUGUCGGCCCGAGAUGCCAAUGUACAUCUGAAUGGCAACAAGGUUGUGACUUUCGGCCAUUCUGCUGGAGGAAGUUUGGCUCUCCUUAUGGCAUCGAUGCCUCAAAAACCCCUUGCCAUACUCGACGUCUUCGGUCUGAAAUACUUCGACGACAUAUCCUACUCCACACCAAAUCCAGCGUGGGCUAAGCUUCCAGAUUUUAACCAAACACUAUUGGACAAAAUAAAAGAGGAAGUACCGCCGCCAAGUUCAGCGCCUGCACCUGGUGGUCCUAAUGGCCCAGACUUUACUCACCAUCGAAUCGCUUGGCUAUUCACUUCCCUCAAGAAAGGCACAUGGCUGAAAUCAGUAGCACCAAAUGAAGAUUAUGACUCUAUCGAUCCGGGAAAAUUAUUCUCGUCUUCUUCUCCCUUCCCUCCAACCUAUUUCAUACAUGGCUCCGCGGAUAACCUCGUUGAUGUCAAGCUUUCGGAAAGAGCGUUUGAGGCGUUGAAAAAAAGGGGCGUUGACACUGAGUUGGUGAUCGAGGAAGGGGCUCCGCAUGGAUUUGACGCAGGAGCGAAACCGGGAGAUCAUAAGUAUGAGAUUGUUGCCAAGGGAUUCAAGUUUCUCGCGGAUUACGCCAUCUAA